CAGACAUAGGUGUUGAUGGGAUCCAGUGUGAAUGUCUAGACUCUCUCUAGUCAAUGAUGGAAGAUUGUGAUGGUUUUAGGCCUCUGGUAGCACACUUGUAAGGCACCGCAGUGAUAAGUGCUGACACCUCUAGGCUAAGGAGUGAUGACAUUCGUUUUGUGUCACACACUCUGAAGAAUGUCAUUCCACGGCCACAUAAGAGUAGAGCUGAUGCCGGGUCUAUCCAAGUCGGCCGUCCUUCACUCCCGUACGUCCACCAUGGAUAACGUCACCCCCCUGCCCAAACACGACUGCGUUUUCGGCUAUAAGAAUUACCGAAACUCCCGAGUUUUGGGACACACGAAGACGUCGGACACACAGAAGACGCGCUACGACGCCAAACGUCACGAGAGCCCGCUUCAGAACAACACGACCAACUUCAUCGAAGUGAGGGGGGUGUCGGCUAGACAACUCCCCAACACCUUCAACCAGGAGCUGACAUUGGAUCAGAAGGGAUACCUCAGCAACGGUCCCAUCCCGGAUGUGGUCGGCAUCCGGUAUUUCGUCAAGCAAAACAAGAUCUGCGCGUGGACGUCCCGGCCGAAAGGAAACUCAUCCGGUUAUUCCAUUCGUGGAAUUCUCAAAUCCAGAAGCGGUUCCUUGUGUCCUUCAAGCAGUCUACACGACAGCGUGAAGUCAAGCAUAUCGGCCUCGCUGCAGUCAUCUCAAGUCAUGCAGUUGAUGGAAAACGGGCGGGAAAUUUGUGACCCGGACGUGACGUUGAAGGAUAAAAAUAACUUCCGUCUUCAGAGCCCCGGUAUCGUUAGUUCGACUCCAGUUCCGGUAUCGAACGUGUCCAAGUCGAUUCAACAAAACAAACUGCGUGUUUCCGGUUUGGGGGAGGAAUCGGAAUCGUUUAAAAGGUACCGGUGUUUGCACGCCACGCCUAGGCAUAACGGCUCCGGGGAUACUAAAUUGGAAACGGAGAUUCCCGAAACUAAAAUGAAACCAAUUUCUUCGCCGGAUUCCGCCUUACCGAAGUUGAUGAAAAACAACAAAAACGGCGAUGUUUCUUUUCAUCAAAUUAUCAACGGACGGUGCGAAAAGGAGAAGGUUCCAAAGCUCAAACAGAGAAGUUCCAAGCAGGUGGGACAGUCCUUAGCAGACGCUCGCCGUAGAUUCGAGAACAGACAAAAAAAUUGCCAAGAGAAACCGGUCGAGCAGGGAGUCGUAGUGACGUCAUCGUCGUCUGAGACGGUCAUGGAUCGUGACCAGUGA